AUGGUCAGAGAACAUUAUGCAGAAUUAAAAGUGAUCACAUACUCUGGUCGUGGAGCUGGAGAUGAGCAAAUCUUGAAAACUAUCAACAACGCUGGAACUGUAACGUUGCUCUCAAGAAAACCAACGAAGAAAAGUAUAAUACCACACCAAGUCUAUCUGAUCUCGAGCAAAACUGCGUAUUACAUCGCCAAUUACUUUCCCCAGGUAACAAAAGAAUUUUCGUGGAAUCCAUUAGCCUUAUUUUUGAUCAUCAUGAGAGAUCUUAAGAAAAGUGAUUUGAGAAUAAUAUUUGAUACUUUUCUGAAGCUGCACGCACGCCAUGUUAUAGUUAUGAAUGCCACUGACGACGCUCAUUUGUUCGGUUACAACCCUUUCGAUAACUAUGCUUGUGGUAAACGAUACGAUAACAUCAUCGACUAUGGGAAAUGUUCAAACUCGUUCUUCUAUGAUCUUUACCCAGAAAAUAUUGUUACUCAGCUACGAAACUGUACAUUCGAUGUGGUUAUAACUCAAUGGCCACCAUACACAAUACUUACUACUAACGACACAAACAUGGCAUCUCCUCUUAGGAAUGGAGUAGAGCCUUACAUAUUUCAAUUAAUCGGGCGUAUACUAGAAUUCGACAUUAAUAUCAUAAAUGAUUAUGCGGCUGUUGAAGAAGUUCCAUCGGUAUCUACAGAGAUGGAAGCAGUUGGGUCGUUGAAAAAGGUGCAAGACAAUGAAGCUGAUGCAGUACUGGGAGGCCUGUUGCUGACACCGUCUCGAGCAUUGGCAUUCUCCUUUGUAUACGGCCAUCUUGCUUAUACAGAUGAGAUACGAUUUGUAGUAAAACGAGCUUCUCAUGUACCUCCAUGGAAGAAUAUUUAUUUAGAAUUUGAAACAAAUGUUUGGAUUCUGCUACUGGUAUCUCUUAUAAUCUACUCUAUAUUAGUAAUUAUAUUACUGCGCACAGAAGACAAAAGCGACGUUGUGUUAACGCUUUACAGCAAUCUCUUGCUGCAUGGGCAUACUAUCAGUAGCAGAUGGUCUGUGAAGUGUGUGCUCAUACUAUGGAUGUGGUUCGCGUAUUUGAUGAACUCCUUCUACCAGUCAGGUCUUGUGAGUCUGACUACAAACCCAGCCAGUGAAUAUCAGAUCAGCAAUGAAGAAGAUAUCGCUCGUCAUGGGCUAAAACCGUGCUUUAGUUCAGUAAUGGAGAAAUACUACAUAGAGUCUGUGCAAUCGGAUGAUAACUACAAGAGAAUUGAGGGCUGUGUGGGAUUAGUAGAAAGUAUAACGACUGUAAUAAAAUCAAAUGAUCUGUAUUCUAUGAUGUUGAAUGGACAAUAUGAUUACAAUGAAGAGCUAUUUCUGGACGAUUAUGGUAAUACAUUGGUUAUGUUACUGGCGAAGCCUUAUUCUAAGGUGAUGUACUCUAUAUUCCUGUAUAAAGGGUUCCCUAUGAUACAUCAGCUGCAUCACACGUCCCUUCGUCUCAGAGAACUGGGAUUGGUGGAUAAAGUCAUCGAUGAUAUGAACUACCUUCAAGACUUGAAACAGCAUUUUAUAAAGGAAGAUUUCCAAGUACGUUUUGCUAUUCCAUGGAGGAUCUAUAUUUUUGGUUGCUCGAUGGCUACAAUCACAUUCGUUAUUGAAUUGAAUAUGCCUAGGAACCAAUUGUUUGUACAGUAA